CUCACGUGGAACACGGAAGUUUCAAAGGAUGCAGAGAACGGCUUCAUUGGAAACCGCCAAAACAAGUGCGCGGAAUUCAAAGUUAUCUUAACUUAUGUAAUGUUAAGUAUUUUGUAGUAACAAUGGUGAAGAGUGGAUAGAUUUGAAUUCUUGAUUGUACUACUGUCAAACAGAAGCGGACAAGCUUGACAAAACCGAUUUGCUAGCCAAGAUGUCGACAAACAACACCGGAACCAAAAUACCCCGUAAAACUCCGUUGAACCCACUGGCACUUGGCCCUGUCAAAUCUACGAACACAACUGGCCGUCCCACUGCUCAUUAUGCCGAGCAAACCACAGCUCGUAUGAACAAAACUAAACAGAGUCAGAAGAAAGAUAUUGUAAAAUCACUGACUUUGAGAGGGUCAAAAGAUUAUGAUGGAACCAAUGCGAAAGAUGAAAAUGAAGCAAUAAGAAAGAGUUUAUUUAAAUUAGAAGAGGAUCAUCUGAAAAUGAAAGCUGUGCUGGAAGGAACUGUCAAAGAUGCAGAAGAAAGAUUGGAAUAUAUGAAAGCUCUAGUAGAGAAAAGCACCAAACACCAAACUGAGGAAGGGACAGAACUCUGUCACAAGAAUAAAUCUCAGGAAGAACAUGUAGAGAAGGAUGAAAAGAAACCUAUUGAAAGCAGCAUUAGCCCAGUGACUUCAGAAAAUAUUGAACCUCAAGAACCAGAAGAAAAUAUUGAGAAACGACACACGAUGUCAAAGCAUAAAUUAAAAGCCAUGAGAGAAAGACUUCAAGAAAUGAACAGUAAAACACAGAAUUAUUUAGAUAAUGUACAGAUGACAAUGAAAGAGCUGGAGGAUUUAGAAGGUAUAAGUCAAAGAAUGACCAUUGAACAUGACGAUGAUGAAGAUAAUGAUUGUGAGAAUACUGAACAGACAAAAGAGAAUAAAGAAAAUAAAGAAAUCAAGACGACAAGUCUUCCAGCAUCUAAUGACAAUAAUUCAAAUGCCUUUUUCCUCACAGAUGGCAAUUGAAGGUCAAUAAAGUGAACAUUGUGAAGUCUUAUACAUGUAUCUUGUGCCAUGAACUGAAUGUAUAGGUUUAAAAUUACAGAUCAAAAGAAAUGACAAUUUAUAUGUGUUACUCAUGGAUGUAGAUAUAGAAGGCCAUAAAAAUGACUGGUUAUUUAAACUUCGACCGUUUUGCCAUUGUUAAGCCUUUUCCUGCUAAUCAAAAUAUGAUCUAAAUCCCUCUUUCUUUCAUUUACUUCGAACCAGAUAUUUCAUUGUUUAAAUACAUGUGCCUAAGGCCAUUUUAUGAAAAUCUAUGUGAAGGGUUUUUUUAAGACAAAAAACCUCAAAACAACCAAUUUUAUGACCCGUCAAAGGUUACAAUUUGUUCAACGAGAUGGACUAUAUACAGGUAGUUACCUUUUCUUUUAGAAUAUUUGGAGGCAUAUCUCUGCUGGGGUAAUGUAGACUAGAAUUUCUCUAAACUUAUUUCUUUUAUUGACUUACAUCACUUAACCUGAUGUUUUAUUGUUUUUUAAUAUAAGUGCCUUGACGGAUAUUUUAUGAAAAUCAACAUUUUAGCUUGAGAUAAUUUUUAGACAAAAAUCUUCCCAAAACAAUAGAUUUUAGGUCCUUGUUCAACCACUACAAUAUUACAUUUUGUAAAAAGAAGUUUUAGAAAAAUCACUGCUGUGGUAUGGUAGACUAGAAAAUUAUAAUGUGCUCGCAUUACUGUAUAAUAGAAUCUUUGCAUAUAUUUUUAAUGUUUUGUUUUAUUUUCAUUCUGUUAAAAAUUCUUAUAUAUCAUACCCUGCUGUAAGAACUGUACUAAAAAAUGCCUUAUAAACUGUAUCGUUUGUGCAUUGGUACAGAUGUACAGAUCUGGUCAAAAUUGGGAUGUAUUACUGAGAGAAUACAAGCCUUGUUGCUAAGGAAAUUAGUAUCUUUUUACUGGAUUGAAUCAAUAGGCCAUAUAAAUAAAUGAUGUGUUUAAAAUGUCAGUCAUUGUGGAAAAUUUCACAAAGAUUUGAUUUCUGAUCAAAUUAGUACAAUAUAAUGACUGGAAGCCUGGGGUAUGGCAUGGUCCUGAAGCAACGACAGCAAGUUUUACAAUAUCUAGACGUUGUAACACUGCUUUGCAAUUUCCGAACUUAUAGCUAUCUCUCUUUACCGCAGACACAUGAAGUGUAGUGUCCAAUCAAAUCGAGCAUGGCAACCUCCACGGAAACCUUGCCAUUGAACGAACCUUGAACUUUGCAACUCAAUUAUCACAGGUAGACAUUUUAGCUGGAAAGCGCAAGACUUGGUAUUCGCGAUGAUUGAGGAAUCUGAUAGGUUCUCAAGCUGCAUCCUUACCCAAUCGAAAUUAGUGCCGAUUUAUGCGAGGUAUUACGUCAAAGGCUUGAUAAGAUGAACAGAGUUAAAGUGAGAUCAAGCAUAGAAUUUUUAAAAUUUUGGCCAAGUAAAUUAAUUGUUGACUAUGUACUUGUAUUUAAAUUAUUUUAUUUAAAGAAAUUCUGAGCUUGGAAUGUGUUUUUCCAACUAAUUUGUGCCUUUUAAGAUACAAUCAGCAUUUAAACACCAGAUUAUUUUUUAGAAGUUUAAUGAUAUCUGUUUUAAAAACUUUUUGGUUUUAAACAUUUAUUACAUAUAUAUUUCAUAUUUAAUUACUAUAAUUUUUAACAUCAGUAUAAUCUCUGACAAUGGUCGAAAUAGGAUGAUUAUCACUUUUAUUUUCUGUAUUAUAAAAUAUAUUUCAUGUCAAUACUCCUCAAAGAAAGUUAUUGUUUUCAUUUAUUUCAAAGCUGGAAAAUAUAAGUUAUUUCAAAUAUAGGCUACAUGUAUGUAUAUUUCAUGAGUCUUUCAACUUGAGGUUAAACCUAUUUUGACAAGAAAAUAGAAAUGAUGUAAAAUUUUAUUUGCAGAGGGACAAAAAACUCAGUCCAUGUCUUAUUGUAUUUAUUGCCAAACUAAUCAGGAAAUCAUUGAAACCUGUAAUAAAUAAUGAU